UAACAGAUCAAUGACAAUCCUCUAAGUCAGACUGUUCAUUUCUCAGCAACUCCAUUGCGUCAGCACUCAGCAGCCCCAAAAAACUGCAAAAAUGUAUUUAUCGCGGGUUCUUUUUCACAAAAAUUGUAUACUUUCAUUAUAUUGUUGUUCCUAACGAAGACUACUAUGUGUACAUUUCAAAUUUACCACUUUUUCAAGUAUUUGAAAUAUGCUCUCCGGAAAAAUUGAUAAAUUUGAAAUGUACUAGACUAUCAUCAGUUGAUUGUCAUCUGAUUUUUUUCAGUAGGGUAGGUUAUACUCUUUAACAAGUCUGUUCCUUAUUUUUAUAGCUGUCUGCUCCAGUAGAUUGGUAGCAUUGCUGACAGUACGUAAACGUAUACGGUUAUUUAUUGUGGACGCAGCCCAAGAAACCGAACCGAGGCUGAAAAGCGGUGGAGCGUAUCCGUUAGUUUACAAGAAUAAAUAAAUAAUUCUAGUUCUUUGAAUGCGCGUGUAUUUAAUGGUUGUUAUAAAUUCUUGAUGUAUUCAAUUGUUUGAUGGAAAAUAUUAAAUAUGAAUCUGCUUUUUAUGAAGUAUAAAAAUAAAAAUAAAAGGAAUCCAGUUGAACAGUAUUUAUAGAAAGCAUAAUAUAGAUUUUAGUAAAAAUCUAAAUUUUUGGCGAUAUAACUUGAGUUAAGUUUUAUGUAUCCUGCAUAAGCACUUAUGUCAUGUGCGUUGUGGAUAAAUAGCCAUGUACUGCCAAGACAAAACUUCUGCUGCGACAAGAAGCAAAGAUGGACAUGUAACAAUGAGAGAGAAAAAAAACGGUGCUCUCAGCCGCGUUCAAAAAUUGAAGAAGCGGUUAAGCCAUAGUUUUGGUCGACUUUCAAUUUCAAAAGAGGAAGCUGAUGAUACUGUAACUCGAAAUCAGUUGCCUUAUAAUGGUUAUUCUGAAGAGUUCCUAGAUCGAUUAGAACAGAAUGGAAAUUUGCCUUCUAAAAGAGAUAGGCGGUAUGAUUGGUCAGACAUUGGUGAGCAUGAACGAGUACACAGGCAAUUAUCUGUGUCAAGUGAUUCUAAACUGUUAGACGAAGAUAUCCGGGAAGAAGCUAAAGUAAUCCUUCGACCUCGGCGUCCUCCACGACCGAAAUCUGAAGUUUUUCUGGGCCCAAAUCAACCACACAGAAGAGCCAAACGUUUCUCUGCCUUUGGUGGCGAUUCCCCAUUCGGAAAAUCGGAAGCAUACGUUAAAUUGGAACAGUUAGGUGAGGGAUCUUAUGCAACAGUAUUUAAAGGCUUUAGUCAUUUAACGAAUCAAGUAGUUGCAUUGAAGGAAAUAAGACUGCAAGAAGAGGAAGGUGCUCCAUUUACUGCCAUUCGUGAGGCAAGCUUACUUAAAGAGUUGAAACACAACAAUAUAGUUACGCUUCACGAUAUCAUUCAUACAAGAGAAACUCUGACCUUCGUUUUUGAAUACGUUCAUACCGAUCUUUCACAAUAUAUGGAAAGGUAUGGUACGGGUGGUGGAGGACUAGAUCCACGCAAUGUUAAGCUCUUUUUAUUUCAACUUUUACGUGGACUUGCUUAUUGCCAUCGCAGGCGAGUCUUGCAUCGAGAUGUGAAACCACAAAACUUACUCAUAAGUGAAAUUGGUGAAUUAAAGCUAGCUGAUUUUGGUUUGGCUAGAGCGAAAUCAGUUCCAUCACAUACGUAUUCCCAUGAAGUAGUCACUUUAUGGUACAGGCCUCCAGAUGUUUUACUCGGUUCGACAGAAUAUUCUACUUCAUUAGAUAUGUGGGGCGUUGGAUGUAUUUUUGUAGAAAUGCUAACAGGAGUGCCAACUUUCCCAGGUGUGCGUUGCACUUAUGAUCAGCUGGAUAAAAUUUUUAAAAUCCUUGGCACACCUACUGAAGAUACAUGGCCUGGAGUCUCUCAGUUACCUGCUUAUAAACCCAAUAGAUUAGCAUUUUACCCUAUAAGAAAACUUGGCCUUUCAUUCCCGAGAUUGUACGAUAUUGCCGAAGUUGAUAAUAUGGCAUCAUCUCUUCUUAAAUUAAAUCCAGAAGAAAGAAUUGGUGCUGAGGAUGCUUUACAUCAUCUUUAUUUUGCUUCAUUACCCAAAAAAAUUUAUGAAUUGCCCGAUGAAGUUUCUAUAUUCAGCGUGGAAGGAUGUCAUCUUCAUACUGAAAUCCGACAAACUUAUACAGAUUCCCGACACAUAGUUCUUAAAACUUGAACGGCUGUUUAUUCGUGGUUAACCGGCAUAGUACAGUACAUAACAAUAUUUAAUGAUUAGAAAAUUUGAAGAGUAUAGGAAAUACUCUGAUAUUCCAUGCCUGAGAAGUUUUUCUAAAAUGCACUGAAUACAAAAUAAAUCUGAAAAAUUAUUUAAUAACAUGUCUGAUAUAGAUGUGUCGGACGGGAAAUUAUAGAACAACUUGUUGUCGCACUUGUCUGACAAUUUUAGACUUUGACUGAGACACAACUAAAAUGAAAUCCAAAAUAAGGGAAGCACGUGUAACGACCAUCCAUAAAGAGAGGCCUGAAAGGCUCAACAUCCAAAACUUUAUGACGUACGCUAUAAAGAAAAAGAGAAGAAUUAAAAUCAAUUUUGAAAAACUACUUAGUUUAAAUGUGCUCUUUGAAUACGCCAUGGCUUGCAUUUUAGCCAUUACAUCAAAGAAAAUAUAAAAAAUAUUAUUUACCAUUAGAUCAAACGAUGAUUUAAAUAAUAUUUAUCUAUACAAAUUACUGUAUGUUUGACAAUUUAUAUUAAUUUAUCAUCGCUCAAAACAGUUGUCAAAGUAAAAUGAGUAAACUAGACGGUAUAGGUUUCUCGUUAGAAUUGUUGUUAAUCAAUAUUAAAAAGGAAACAGUGAAAAGAUAUAUGAAGGACAGUAGUAAUGUGUAAAUAGUCAAAAAAGUAAAUACAGUUAAAGUGGACUCUGUUAAUUCAGCGACGAUUAAUAAAUGUGACUUUCUACGAAAGCUACUCGCAAAUGGGUUACUUCAUAUUGUACCUUUACUUCGAAUUUUUUGGAUUAUUUAAACAAAUGUUUCUAUUGUAUUUGUUAUUUAUUCAUUUUAUUAUAAUGAUUUCUUACUGCUAUGAAAA